AUGGACGAAGAACAGUGCUACUACAACGAGACCAUCGCCUUCUUCUACAACCGCAGCGGCAAAUACCUCGCCACGGAGUGGAACACCGUCAGCAAGCUGGUGAUGGGCCUGGGCAUCACCGUGUGCAUCUUCAUCAUGCUGGCCAACCUGCUGGUGAUGAUCGCCAUCUACGUCAACCGCAGGUUCCACUUCCCCAUUUACUACCUGAUGGCCAACCUGGCUGCCGCUGACUUCUUUGCUGGCCUCGCCUACUUCUACUUGAUGUUCAACACGGGGCCCAACACGAGGCGCCUGACCGUCUCCACGUGGCUACUCAGGCAGGGCCUGAUCGACACCAGCCUGACGGCGUCGGUGGCCAACCUGCUGGCGAUAGCCAUCGAGCGACACAUCACCGUCUUCCGCAUGCAGCUGCACACGCGCAUGAGCAACCGCCGCGUGGUGGUGGUGAUUGUGAUCAUCUGGACCAUGUCCAUCGUCAUGGGGGCCAUCCCCAGCGUCGGCUGGAAUUGCAUCUGCAGUAUUGACUCGUGCUCCAACAUGGCGCCCCUGUACAGCAACUCGUACUUGGUCUUCUGGGCGGUUUUCAAUCUGGUGACCUUCGUCGUCAUGGUGACGCUGUACGCCCACAUCUUCGUCUAUGUGCGUCAGAGGACCAUGAGGAUGUCGCGGCACAGCUCUGGGCCCCGCCGGAACCGGGACACCAUGAUGUCGCUGUUGAAAACUGUGGUGAUCGUGUUGGGUAAGAGGCGUACCAAACUAAAAUCCAAACACUUUGAACAUGUAUCUGUCUAG